GUUUAGAUGAUCUAGACUAUAUUUACUUCCGGGUCUUAUCGAUACGUGUACGAAAUUUAACAAACUACAGCAACUAAACAUGGAUAUCGCUAAAUACCUCCCUGAAUGCAUAAAGAAGAUACCUACACAUAUGGACUUUGCAGGGCAACAAAAGGCAGAAAGAAUGUUCCAGACAAUAAUUCUUUCAUUUGCUACUGUAGGGUUGGUAUGGGGCUACAUCUGUCAACAGUUCUCUCAGACCAUGUACAUUCUCAUCACAGGAUUUGUUAUCUCAUGUUUGUUGACCCUUCCACCAUGGCCCAUGUUCAGGAAAACCUCUUUAAAAUGGCAGAAGGCUCGUCCGGAACCGGAAGAAGUUGGUAGCACCACCGCUCCAGUGCAAAAAUCAAAGAAGAAGAAAAAUUAAAACAUAAUUGUCUAGUCAUUUGUAUAAUUUCUAUUAACUAUUUGUUCAUUGUCUGUUUGUGUAUAAGCUAUGACAUGUAUGGUGCAGAGUUGUCAUUGCAAAUGAAAUAAAUAUUUAUUGUGAACAAUU